UAUUCUAAGUACAGGAAGUCGGGAAGCAACAGAGGCAUCAUCGUCAUCAUCAGCAACAACAAAAGCUAAAGAGUCAAACCCCUCAAGCCCCGAGACCCUUCUUCUCCUUCGUAUCUCUCUCUCUCGCUCCCUAUUCGAAUCCCUAAAUCCAUCAAAGGUGUGGCUCUAGGAAUCGCGAUUUUUUUUGUGAUUCCCAUUCUGUCCCGAAUUUCUUCACCCUUUUUACGAGAUUGCCAUCAAAACCCUAGCUCCGCUUUUCUCUGUAUAGCCUAAUCCGAGGCGUCUAUGUAGCUCGCGCUCCGUCUCCGAAGAGAGGAAUCGGGAUUCGUUCAAAACCCUAGCUUUGGUUGAUGGUACACAUUCAAUUUGAUACAUUUGUGGUUCCUUGGACUGAGUCACAAAGAUUCGACACGUAAGAUAAACGGAAAUUUCAAGAUUCAACUAAUAUUCUGUAGCUGUUUAUAGAACUCAUUGACCAUAUGCUUGAGUUUAGCUUUCACAACUUUGAAUAGCAGCUUGAUGCUGGGGGCAGUAUGCCGGUGAUAGUUGGGAGAAAUGCAAAGGUAUCAUGCUGCCAGCUGCACUAGUGCAGUUAAUAACAGUGCAAUAGGUGGGCCAUCAGCUAGGGAUACUGCCCGAGCUGAUUCAUCAUCAUUAUCGGCUAACUUUGCCCUGAAUCCUAGGCGGCCAUCACAACUAACUCCCUACAAGUUGAAGUGUGAUAAAGAACCUUUAAAUUCCCGACUUGGGCCACCUGACUUUCACCCCCAAACUCCAAAUUGCCAUGAGGAGACUCUCAACAGAGAGUAUGUGCUGACUGGUUACAGAGAGACCAUCGAAGGAAUUGAGGAAUCUAGAGAGAUCUCAUUAACUCAGGUUCAAGCUUUUUCUAAGCCUGUUAUCGUCAAGUGCAAAGAGGCGAUCAGAAAACGUCUCAGGGCCAUCAAUGAAUCUCGUGCUCAAAAGCGGAAGGCUGGUCAGGUUUAUGAUGUGCCUCUUUCUGGUUCACAAUUAACUAAACCCGGCUUUUUUCCUGAACAAAGACCUUGUGGUGAAGACUUCCGGAAGAAAUGGAUUGAGGGUCUAUCACAACCUCACAAACGGUUACGUUCUUCGGCUGAUCAUGUUCCUCAUGGAUAUAGGAGGAAAUACCUCCUUGACGUUCUUAUUAAGAAUAAUGUUCCAUUACUUAAAGCAACUUGGUUUAUCAAAGUAACUUAUCUUAAUCAGCUCCGGCCUGGUUCUGCAACUAUCGCUUCGGGGACACCUGACAAAACACAGCUGUCCCGCACUGAGCUCUGGACUAAAGAUGUUAUUGAGUAUUUGCAAUACCUUCUUGAUGAAUUUUUCUCAAGAAAUAAUCCCCAUUCUGCUUUACACAGCAGAGACCGAUCUCCACAAGUGCCUUAUGCUGCGUCAUUACAGCUUAGGAGUGACACAGCAUCAGCAGUCCUUGAUGGUGAGGAGCCUUCCCUGCAUUUUAAAUGGUGGUACAUGGCACGUCUGUUGCAAUGGCACCAUGCAGAAGGGCUGCUUCUUCCUUCUGUUAUCAUUGAUUGGAUCCUGAAUCAACUACAGGAGAAAGAAUUGCUUGAGAUUUUGCAGUUGCUAUUGCCUAUUAUAUAUGGUGUUUUAGAAACUGUUGUUCUAUCUCAAACAUAUGUACGGAGUCUUGCUGGAGUAGCUAUUCGUUUCAUUCGUGAGCCUUCUCCUGGUGGAUCGGAUCUAGUAGAUAAUUCCCGAAAGGCAUAUACAACCGCUGCACUAGUUGAGAUGCUUCGGUAUCUAAUAUUGGCUGUACCUGAUACAUUUGUUUCAUUGGACUGCUUUCCCUUACCGCCUUGUGUAGUAUCUCAUGCUGUAAACGACGGGAAUUUCAUAUCGAAGGUAUCUGGGGAUGCAGAAAAGAUAAAAAAUGGUUCUGAAGGAGUUACUUCUAUGCUCAAAAGUAAAGUUCUUGAUUCUCAAUUUCAAUCCUUGGCCUUUGAUCAUGUUGUUUCGUCCAUUCAGAAACGUGCUGAUACUCUUGCAAAAGCAGCUAGUCCUGGCUAUCCAGGUCAUAGUCUGGCUAAAGCUGUGCAGGCCCUGGAUAAAUCUCUUGUGCAUGGAGAUGUCAGAGGGGCUUGUAAGUUUCUCUUUGAAGAUCAUUGUAAUGGUGCUACUGCUGAAGGUUGGAUUGCAGAAGUAAGCCGAUGCUUAAGAUCCUCGUUGAAGUGGAUUGGGACUGUGAGCUUGUCAUUCGUUUGCUCUGUAUUUUUCCUUUGUGAGUGGGCAACAUGUGAUUUCAGGGAUUUUCGGACUGUCCCGCCUCAUAACCGUAAGUUCACAGGCAGAAAAGAUUUUUGCCAGGUAUAUAUUGCAAUUCGAAUUUUAAAGCUGAAGAUAAAAGAUUGGCAAAAUUCAUCUAGAGGCAAGAGUGGGAGCAUUGGAGUUAGUAGCGUUGGAAAAGGUGUCUCUCAGCAGAAUUCUGGUAGGACAUCAGUGGGAAAUGUAUAUGAAAUGAAAAACAAUUUUAAAAGUGUGGAUGGAAGAAGUGUGAAUGGAAGAAGUGUGAAUUCAGAUAUAUUUGAUAGCCCCGGUCCUUUACAUGAUAUCAUAGUGUGUUGGAUUGAUCAGCAUGAAGUACGCAAUGGAGAAGGUUGCAAGCGCCUUCAGCUACUCAUAGUGGAACUCAUACGUGCAGGCAUAUUUUUCCCCCAGGCAUAUGUAAGGCAGCUGAUAGUAAGUGGAAUACUGGAUAUGAAUGGACCUAAACACCUUGACAGGCGGAAGAGACACUAUAGAAUCUUGAAGCAGUUGCCUGGGCUCUUUAUGUGUGAUGCUUUGGAAGAAGCAGGGAUUGCUGGAGGGCCACAGCUUUUGGAGGCUAUGCAUAUUUACUCAAAUGAACGCCGCCUUGUACUUCGUGGCUUAUUUUGUGAUCAACAGAAAAAUUCAAAAACUGCAAAUAUUUCAGCUCAGAAGCCGAUCCCUGUGAAGGAUGGUGCUUCCCCUGUGUCCAUUGAUCAGUGGAAAUCUGCUCAGGCAUCAUCCAAUGUAUUGCCUGCUAAAAGUGGCAAAAAUGAACUUGACAUUGAGGAGCUGAAGGUGGCCAUCUCAGUAAUUUUGCAGCUCCCAAGCAGUUCAUCUUCAUCCACUGAUACUGGACUUGAUGAAUCUCAAGGGAGUUUCAAGAGGCCUUUUGGGUCAUUUUGCAACAAGAUGGAUCUAGUGGAAGGUACACCUGGCUGUGAAGAGUGUAGAAAGGCAAAGAGACAAAAAUUAAGCGAGGAAAGGAGCUCAUACCUUCAAGUACAUUCACCAAUUGCUUCAGAUGACGAAGAUACCUGGUGGGUAAGGAAGGGGCUUAAACCUUUGGAGUCCUUCAAAGUUGAUCCUCCCCUUAAGUCAACCAAGCAAGUCCCCAGGAGUCGGCAGAAGACUGUGCGUAAAACUCAAAGUCUUGCUCAAUUAGCAGCUGCAAGGAUUGAGGGUAGCCAGGGAGCAUCUACAAGUCAUGUCUGUGAUAAUAGGGUAAGCUGCCCUCACCAUAAAUCUGGAAUGGAAGGAGAGACUCCUAAGCCAAUUGAUGGAAUCAGAACAAACCAUUGUGGUGAUAUUGUCGCGAUUGGAAAAGCUCUAAAGAAGCUGCGUUUUGGAGAGAAGAGGACCAUUACAGUUUGGUUGAUGACUGUUGUUAGGCAGCUUGUUGAUGGGACUGAAAAGACUCUGCUCAAGGUUGGCCAAUUUGGUAGGUCGUUCACUCCUGCUGAUGAUAGGGGCUCUAUACGGUGGAAGCUUGGCGAGGAUGAACUGUCUGCUAUUCUGUAUUGGAUGGAUCUUACUAAUGAUUUAGUUUUAGCAGUGAAAUUUCUCCUUUGGUUGUUUCCAAAGGUACUCAGUAGCUCCAAUUCGACAAUCCAUGCUGGGAGAAACAUUGUGAUGCUGCCAAGGAAUGUGGACAACCAAGUUUGUGAAGUAGGGGAGGCAUUUCUGUUAUCAUCCCUUCGAAGGUACGAGAACAUGCUUGUUGCAAUAGAUCUUAUUCCUGAAGUCUUGUCAGCCACAAUGCAUCGGGCUUCAGCAGCUAUGACCUCAAAUGGAAGAGUUUCAGGUUCAGCUGCCCUAGUUUAUGCUCGAUAUCUGUUGAAGAAAUACGGCACUGUGGGUAGUGUUAUUGAAUGGGAGAAGAAUUUCAAGGCAAUAUGUGAAAGGAGACUUCUUUCUGAACUUGAAUCUGGACGAUCAGUGGAUGGAGAGUUGGGGUUCCCACUUGGAGUUCCUGCAGGAGUUGAAGAUCUUGAUGAAUUUUUCCGUCAAAAGAUAGGUGGUGGUCGGUUGUCAAGAGUGGGUAUGAACAUGAGAGAGAUUGUGCAACGACAUAUUGAGGAUACUUUUCACUAUUUUUCAGGUAAAGAGAGAAAACUCUUUGCUGCAGCUCCACCAAAAGGUCCUGUAGUUGAAAAAUUAGAUGAUGGAUAUCAGGUGGCUCAACAAAUAAUCAUGGGGAUAAUGGAAUGCAUUAGGCAGACUGGUGGUGCUGCUCAAGAAGGAGACCCGUCUUUGGUGUCUUCUGCUAUUUCUGCCAUUGUUGGUAACAUUGGACCAACUAUGGCGAAAAUGCCUGAUUUUACAGGCAGUAAUAAUAUGAACUUUUCAUCUGCAACAGGUUCCUUGAAUUUUGCUAGACACAUUUUGCGCAUCCAUAUAACUUGCCUAUGCCUGCUUAAGGAAGCACUUGGGGAGCGCCAAAGCCGUGUAUUUGAGAUAGCUCUUGCAACAGAGGCUUCUUCUGCUCUUGCAGGAGCUUUUGCUCCUGGAAAGGCUUCUCGCACUCAAUUUCAGUUGUCUCCCGAAGCUCAUGAAUCCAAUACAAACAUGUCUAAUGAAACGUUGAACAGUUCGACAAAAUUAGUGCUUGGAAGAGCAACAAAAAUUGCAGCUGCUGUUUCUGCACUUGUAAUUGGAGCGGUUAUUCAUGGGGUUACUAGCCUGGAGAGAAUGGUAACUGUCUUCCGCUUAAAGGAAGGAUUGGAUGUAAUUCAAUUUGUAAGGAAUACAAGAUCCAAUUCGAAUGGUAAUGCCCGCUCUAUUGGAGCUCUUAAGGUGGAUAGCUCAGUUGAAGUUUAUGUGCAUUGGUUUAGGCUGCUUGUUGGAAACUGUAGAACACAGUGUGAUGGAUUGAUUGUGGAACUCUUGAGUGAACCAACCAUAGUGGCUCUUUCAAGGAUGCAGCGAAUGCUCCCUCUUAGCUUGGUCUUUCCACCUGCCUAUUCAAUAUUUGCCUUUGUUAUGUGGCGGCGAUUCAUUGUGAGCACAAACCUUGCGACCCGUGAAGAUAUCAACCAAUUGUACCAAUCUUUAACAAUGGCCAUUGUUGAUGCUAUAAAACACUUGCCUUUCAGAGAUGUAUGUUUGAGAGAUAGCCAGGGUUUCUAUGAUAUUGUAGCUGCUGAUACUAAUGAUGCUGAAUUUGCAGCCAUGCUAGAGUUAAAUGUUUCAGAUGCCCAUUUAAAAUCCAUGGCCUUUGUUCCUCUCCGUGCCAGGCUUUUUCUAAAUGCCAUCAUUGACUGUAAAAUGCCACAAUCUGUAUUUUCACUGGAUGAUGGGAGUCGAAUAUCUGGACAAUGCGAGCCUAAUGUUCAAUAUUCGGAGAAUGAAACAAAGCUUCUGGAUAAGCUUGUACAUGUUUUGGAUACCCUGCAACCUGCGAAAUUUCAUUGGCAGUGGGUGGAGCUAAGGCUUCUUUUAAAUGAACAAGCCCUCAUUGAAAAGCUUGAAACCCAUGAUAUGUCCUUAGUGGAUGCUAUCAGGUCGUCUUCCCCUACUCCUGAAAAAGUUGCUGCUUCUGAGAAUGAGAACAAUUUCAUUAUCAUCAUUCUCACAAGGUUACUGGUCAGACCUGAUGCUGCUCCCCUAUUUUCCGAGGUGGUUCAUCUUUUUGGACGGUCACUGGAGGAUUCAAUGUUGUUACAGGCUAAAUGGUUCCUAGGAGGCCAGGAUGUUCUUUUUGGUCGGAAAACUAUCAGACAGAGGCUUAUUAAUAUUGCUGAGAAUAAAGGUCUAUCGACAAAGACCCAGUUUUGGAAGCCUUGGGGCCGGUGUAAUUCUGGUUCUGAUCUAGUGGCAAAGAGGGGAGACAAGAAGUUUGAAGUCCCCUCUCUUGAAGAAGGAGAGGUUGUUGAAGAGGGGUCAGACUCGAAAAGGUAUGGAAAAGGGUCUACUCAAACGUUGGACACUGAAGGUUCCAAUGUCAGCCAGCAGCAAGUUACUGAGAGGGCUCUCAUUGAAUUGCUUCUUCCUUGCAUAGAUCAAAGCUCUGAUGAGUCGCGGAAUACCUUUGCAAAUGAUCUGAUCAAGCAGUUGAAUACUAUUGAGCAACAAAUAAAUGCAGUUACUCGUGGAACAAGUAAGCAGGCAGGAACAAUACCUUCUGGAAUUGAAGGACCUACAAACAAGGUAAGCAAUCGCAAAGCUAUGAGAGUUGGCAGUCCUGGAGCCAGACGUCCCACAGUCACAGCAGAUCCUGCUCCACCGUCCCCUGCAGCUUUGCGAGCUUCUAUGUCGUUGCGCUUGCAAUUACUCCUGAGAUUUCUUCCUAUUAUUUGUGGAGAUGGGGAACCAUCAGGGCGAAAUAUGAGGCAUUUGCUUGCCUCCAUAAUACUUCGGCUCCUUGGGAAUCGGGUUGUGUAUGAAGAUGCAGACCUUUCAUUUUAUCCCACACAGAGCUAUCCAUCCAAGAGAGAGGUGGAGACUCCUGCAGAAGCUUCUUCUGCUGCCUCUGCGGAGUCGUCUGGCGAAAGUCUCUUUGAUCGGUUAUUGUUGGUUUUGCAUGGUUUGUUGGGUAGUUGCCAGCCAAGCUGGCUAAGGUCAAAGCCUACUUCCAAGACAAGCAGCGAGUUUACCAAGGAAUCUUCUGGAUUUGAUCGCGAGGUAGCAGAGACUCUGCAGAAUGAGUUAUAUCGGAUGCAACUGCCUGACACAGUUCGGUUGCGAAUUCAAACUGCAAUGCCAAUUCUUGUUCCUUCUGUCCGUUGCUGCGUCUCUUGCCAGCCGCCAUCUGUUCCUGUUGCUGCUCUUGCUUCUCUUCAACCUAUCUCCAUUCCUGGGGUGCACUCAGGACAUUUAUUCCCACCUCAAAGGACUCCAGUUCCUUUGGCACGAACUGCAACUAACAUAUCAGGGAAGUCCAAGCAAUUGCCUUUGCAGCUGGAUCAUGACAUGGAAAUUGACCCAUGGACUCUCCUGGAAGAUGGUGCAGGGUCUGGGCCAUCUUCUAGUAACACUGCUGUAAUAGGCAGCGGUGACCAUGCUAAUCUUCGAGCAUCCAGCUGGCUUAAGGGGGCUGUAAGGGUGAGGCGGACAGACCUCACCUACAUUGGUGCCGUGGAUGAGGACAGCUGAUAUAAGUUAACUUCAUUCUUGAUUUGGUCUGGAGUCAGUGAAUCCCUCAACAGGUAAUUUAAGGUUCUAAUUGUUUUGCAUAAUUGGCAUCAAGAUUACUGUUGCCCUUGCCUUCUAUGAUGAAGGGAGCUGUUGAGAGGGAUAUUUUUUGGGGUUGUGGGGUCCUUGUGAGAGAAAUGUGAAGAUAGUGUUUUUUCACGCAGCCCAUUAGAUUGAGUCUUGGGCCUGCUUGACUACUAACCCUUUAAUCUUCCCCCAUCCAGACUGUGCACUUCCAGGUGCAGUUCGGGGGCUUGUUGUAUAUAUAGAGAUAAUUGUUUCACUUUACCAAUUGAUCUGAGUAAAAUAUCUCAAGAAUGAUCUGUAUC